AGACCAGGAGCCCCCUUGCUGGUAACCUGCAGCCAACUCACCCUCCCAGUGGCCUGGCUAGUGCUCCAUCUCCUAGAUGGCCGAGACGAGCGCUGGAAGGAGGUGGAUGCUGGGGAUGAUGGUCGCGCCGCAGCGACCCGCCACUCAGCCAGCGAAAUCCGCUGGAUGGAUGGGGAUGCUGGCAUUCC